AACUAACUGAAAAAAAUGGCGAAUAAUAAUUUAUCGAUGAAAAAUUUUCUAUUAUCAUCAUCAUCGUUAUCAUCAUUAUCAUUAUUAUUAUUGAUCUUAAUAACAUUAUCAUUCAAAUUAUCAUUAAUCGAUUGUCGUAAUUAUGAACAUUCAGCAGCAGAAUUAUCACUUACCAAUCAGGUAGUCAUACAACAACGUGAUUGUUAUCCAAAUGAAACACCAAUAUUUGUACAUACUGCUGCAUCAACUAGUGGAAAAUAUUUUAAUCGUCGUCAAGUAAUACGUCGUACAUGGGCACGUGAAGCAUAUAAAUAUAAAAUGCGUAUAUUGUUUGUUAUCGGUGUACCAAGAGAUCUUUCAAUUGAAAGAUCAUUAAAAGCAGAAGCAGAUAAAAAUCAUGAUAUUUUACAAUUUAAUUUUAUCGAAGAUUAUUAUAAUCUUACAUUAAAAGCAAUAUCAUUAUUAAAAUGGUCAUAUCGUCAUUGUAGUAAUAGCCCAUAUAUGGUUAAAACCGAUGAUGAUGUUGUAUUAAAUAUGCCAAUGUUAUAUCAAUUAGUACGACAACGUAAAAUACCAUCCGGUCUUACUGGAUUAGUAAUGACAACACCUGCUAAUCGUGAAAAUGGUCAUAAAUGGCAUAUGCCUGAACAUCUUUAUCCAAAAGAUUCAUAUGAAUUUCUUGCCGGUUUUUCUUAUCUAUUAUCAAUGGAUAAAUUGAAAAAAUUUUUGAAAACAAUUAUUACAUAUCCAGGUCCAAUACUUGAUAUUGAUGAUCUAUUUCUAACCGGUAUUGUUGCUGAUUAUGGAAAAAUACGUAGAAAUAAUAGUUUUCGUUUUAAAUUUUUUUGUGGUACCGAUGUUUGUACAAUGGAAACAUCAUUAGCAAUGCAUGCAUGUCCAAGUGCAAAAAAUAGUGAAUAUAUGUAUCGUUUUUGGAAAAAUGCUGAUCGUCUUUCCUGUUAUCGUCAUUUUCGUUUAAGCCGUUCAUAUCGUCGUCGUAGGCCAAGAAGAAGUAUUGAUGAAUCAUCAUCAUCAUCAACAUCAUCAAUAACAACAAUUUCAGCCGAUCAAAUGAUAGCCAAUUAUACUGAUUAUCUAAUCGAUAAUCAUCAAUUGAUUGGUUUUAAAUUUCGUCAACCAUAAAAUACAAAA